GCACAGUGUCACACCUCUGUUAACUUGUAACACAUUUGUUCUUGAUGUACUUUGGCUCCCCUGCCUCUGUUUAAACCCGCUCGUUUGAUCAUUGUCAUUCAUUUCUCCUCAAUAUCAAAGACAAAGAAUAGUGUUUUUCUCUGUAACCUUUGGGCUGAGUUGUUGCGUUUUCAGCGUGGAUUUUAGGUCAAAGGGGAACGCGGUUAUCGAAAGCAGGGGUCAUGUAAUCUGGUUUUGUCGAUUACACAAUCCCACCCCAUGCUGUUGAAACAGUAAACCCUGGACCUUGACUCUGCAGACACACUGAGGUCAGUCCAAAGAAACUUAAGCCUAACUUCCCCUGGAGCGUCCAGUGUUGACUGAGAAAGGAUCGUCACUGCACUCAGUGAUCUAAUUGUCUUGAUCAGGAAGACACACCUACAGCUAAAGAACUGUAGCCAUGGUGUCAACUGACAACCUAACGACAUAUUUAUUAGAGGUAAUCUGUUCUUCACCUCUGCUCUUCACCUCCGCGCUACUCGUGGCCGCUCUCGCUUCCCUCCGCUGGCGCGUCAGAGAUGCCGACAGGGUCGGCGGCCUCGGCCGGAGGCACGUGUUGGUCACAGGCUGCGACAGCGGCUUCGGGAAUCUGCUGGCCCGGCAGCUGGACGCAAAGGGCCUCCGAGUCAUAGCCGCCUGUCUCACGGAGAGAGGCGCGGCGGAGCUGGAGGCAGCGGCCUCCCCCAGGCUGAAGACGCUCCUGCUGAACGUCACAGACAGCGAGAGCAUCGGCAGGGCGGCGGAGUUCGUGAGCGGAGAGGUCGGGGAGCGAGGUCUGUGGGGGCUGGUGAACAACGCUGGCAGGUCCAUACCCAUCGGCCCAACCGAAUGGAUGCAGUUGGCGGAUUUUGCACAGGUCUUGGAUGUGAAUCUGUUGGGAGUCAUUGAGGUGACUCUCAAGUUUCUGCCACUGCUGAAGAAAGCCCAGGGCAGGGUGGUGAAUGUGGCCAGUAUCCUGGGCAGACUGUCUCUCUGCGGUGGAGGAUACUGCCUGUCCAAAUAUGGAGUGGAAGCCUUUUCUGACAGCCUCAGGAGGGACAUGCAGCACUUUGGUAUCAGAGUGAGCAUUAUCGAGCCCGGCUUCUUCAAGACAGGUCUGACCCAGCUGGAUCUUUUAGAAGCCGACCUGAAGAAGCUGUGGACUCGCCUCCCUCAGGACGUUAAAGCCUCAUAUGGGGCCACAUACUUGGAAGACUACGUGAAAGCUCAGAACUUCUCCAUGCGCUUCUUGUGCAGUCCAGACAUCUCCAAGGUGACAAGGUGCAUGGAGCACGCGCUGACAGCUUGUUUCCCACGCACACGGUACAGCGCAGGCUGGGAUGCAAAGCUUUUUUGGAUUCCUCUCUCCUAUCUCCCUUCAUUUAUUUCAGACUUUUUCAUCAGUGUGCUUCUUCCUUCGCCUAAAGAUGAAAGAAACAUCUAGCGGACGACUUGUGAACUAAACGACUGAACUGUAGUAACCGCUGCCGCUCUAAAAGGGUUUGUCUGACUUUUCCGGUCAGUAAUGUGUAUGAAUGAAAACAUGAAAAUGAAUGUUAUAAAAUGAAACAUACUGUAACAUUAAGGGGUGGAGGAAAAACAAAAAAAAAAAAACACCUGUCCAGACUGUGUUACAAAAUAGGAAAUUUAUUCAUUCAUGUCUCAGCAGCAGCAAUUUAAACCACGUGGGCAUGUUCUGGAUGAUCACAGGUACAGUUUUUUUUUUUCGUCCUCAUUAUGAUACAAAAUAUAUCAUUCUGUAAAGUAAAGAAUUUAUUCACUUUGUUUAUAAAACAACUCUACAUCUGCAUCCUCAGGUCACGUGUGGCUCUUGUAGAGAUAAUCAACUACAUAAAUUCAUUUCCAUGCAACAGACAUGGGCAAGUUCAAGUAUUGUUCCAAACUAUUUAGGCCAUUAUUCCAAUAUCAUUACAAAAAAAAAAAAAAAAAAUGAUCAUGUUGAUUCAAAGUUACAAAGUCAGGGAAUGUAGGUAGAGAUUAAGAAUGCUUCGCACACGUAUUUGAGCUCAUGUGUCUGUUUAUACCGGAGCACGUAUGAGUUUCUU